AUGAUUCGAUACAAGUCUACACGCAUUGCUCUGGGCGAUGACGAUCUCCGCUACCAUCUGGAAAGGCUGCUCCUUCGCCAUUCUCGCAUGGCCGAGUGGCAUCGGCAAGAUCUCGACCGCGACGGCUAUAGCGACGAUAGUGUGGCCUUGGACUCGGAUUUUUUUUCGCCCUACAACCUCUCCCCGCGAGGGUCUCUCUGCAGCUCGAGCCCGGAGUCUCCUAGUCAAAACUCGUGGCAAUCGAACCAAGACAAAGAAGCUAGCCCUUCCGGGUUAUCAUCCUUGUUCAAUGAACCAGAUGCUCCGCCAUGCGUAGUGGUGCAAGAUGAGGUCCGGAUCAUGAGUGCCACCUGCUCAUCAGGCGUCGGUGGGCCCUUGUCCGGAACAUCCUCUGGAGCAUGUCAAGAGCAACGUGUGACAGAGAGUGCGCAUCAGCACUCAUGGAAUACUCCUAUUGACAGCAGUUUGCCUUCCAACCAAUCACUGGGAAAGCGGGGCCUUGAAUGGCUGCACAAUCAUUCACAGACCCGCCAGCCCUUUGCUACAGCAACUGUGCCAACCAGAAUCCCCGUUAGUCUUUUCUCAGAAGAUGAUGGGAAAGGCUUAAGUGCGCCACAUCGUCACUCCAUUCCUCACCAGCUCCUCCUUAGCACCAGGGAAGUAAAUGGAGAAACUCUUUCCUGCAACACUCAACUCGCGGAUAGCUCGCUGCUUUUCGUUAACACCUCAAGUGAAACGUGGUCGAGAUCCAAAGUGCAAGGUUCGGGACUCCGUCCGAGCCUUAAUCUCGAGAUCCGGUUAGGAUCCACAUGUGUCAGCCUAGCUGCGCAAGAAACACAGUGGGUUGACUUCCUUGCACGUCCCUCUUCCAGAACAAAUGCGACGUUGGAGGUGAUCAAAAUGCCUGGUGAAAAUAAAUCGAGCAGAAAGACACGCGGCCAGCGGGCCAACCUCUCGUUGCCGGGGUCUGCUGCUAUCCACCACAAUGGCCCUGGUGAAGGCUCGGGUGCAGCUAUAGCAAGAUCCCCAGCAGCAUUUCCCACUAGAUUGCAGAGCAGGCGCAAGGCUCCUAGGAAUAUAGUCUCGCAUGGUACACAGACUGAACCCGAACCCGUGGGAUUACUACCCGAGCAAGGUCACGAAGGAACAGUAACCUAUCAGGCUGUGAAUACCUCACUAGCAGCUCCAGCAGAGGUAGGUGCCGAUCUUUCAAGAAUCAUAGAAACAUCUGGAGGUCUGAUGCUCUUCCGUCGUCCACAGGGAGUCCAAAACCAUGACCUUGAACACAAUCCUCCGCAAGAACACAUGGUGCGGGAGGCGCCCGCCAUCUCAGGGCUACUUGGAAAUCUAAUACCCAUGUAUGCUCAGGGGGGUUAUAACGUCGAUAGAGUCAAGCUCGUUGCUUCUAUGCCAUCGGCAAAUCCACCGGUACCCGGUGAUAGAGGACGCAUGGCAGCUCCACAUGGUCACCGCUCCGAACCAUGCAUAGAUACCCGAGCGUCGAUCAACCCGCACCUGAUGGAGGCCAGGGAGCUCGAUGGCUACGUCAACUUCAUGACAUAUGAAGUACACGAGAAAGAUGAGAAUGAUAUCAAGGAUUAUGGCUCGACAAUGCUAGGAUAUGUCCGGCAAUAA